AUGUCAUACUUAGUAAAAGGAGUUAUAUGUUGCAGUCCUGUGAAUCAGAUGCACAAAGUAACAGGAACUCUGUUUAAAGCACACAUAUUAAAAAACAUAUUGGGCACCAAUGAACAACAAUUAAAAAUUUCACGUACGUCAUCUCAACUUAGUUCUGAAAAGGCAAACACUUACAAUUAUGUCAUUGUUGGAGCUGGAUCAGCAGGGUGUGUAUUAGCCAACAGGUUGACUGAAGACCCCCUCAGUACUGUACUACUUUUGGAAGCAGGCCCUAAAGAUACAUUUCUAGGUAGUAAAAGGCUGAUGUGGAAGAUUCAUAUGCCUGCUGCGUUAACUUACAACCUCUGUGAUGAGAAGUAUAACUGGUAUUACCACACAACACCACAAAAGCAUGUGGAUAACCGAAUUAUGUACUGGCCCCGAGGAAGAGUGUGGGGUGGGUCCUCUUCUCUCAAUGCUAUGGUGUAUGUGCGUGGGCAUGCAGAAGAUUAUAAUCAAUGGAGCAGGAAAGGGGCUACAGGAUGGGACUACGAACAUUGCUUGCCCUAUUUUAAGAAAGCACAGACACAUGAACUGGGGCCAGAUCAGUACAGAGGUGGAAAUGGACCCCUGUAUGUGUCAAGAGGGAAAACAAACCAUCCUCUUCAUCAUGCAUUCCUGGAGGCAACCCAGCAAGCUGGGUAUCCCUUCACAGAUGAUAUGAAUGGCUAUCAGCAAGAAGGAUUUGGCUGGAUGGACAUGACUGUGCACCAAGGUCAAAGAUGGAGCACAGCUAGUGCUUACCUUCACCCAGCCAUAUCACGCCCAAAUUUGUCAGUUGCAGAGAAGACACUUGUAACAAAAAUCUUGUUUCAAGGAACAAAAUCUAUUGGUGUUGAGUAUGUGAAAAAUGGGCAAAGGAAAAAGGCUUUUGCCAGUAAAGAAGUUAUUUUAAGUGGAGGUGCCAUAAAUUCUCCACAGCUGCUUAUGUUGUCUGGGAUUGGCAAUGCAGAUGAUCUAAAAAAACUGGGGAUCCCUGUUGUUUGCCAUCUUCCUGGAGUAGGCCAGAACCUUCAAGAUCAUUUAGAAGUGUACGUCCAGCAAAAGUGCACCAAACCUAUUACUCUAUAUAAUGCACAAAAGCCAGUUAAUAUGGUGAGGAUUGGUCUAGAAUGGCUUUGGAAGUUUACAGGUGAGGGAGCCACUGCCCACUUAGAAUCUGGUGGGUUUAUUCGAAGUGAACCAGGGGUUCCUCACCCUGACAUUCAGUUCCACUUUCUCCCUUCUCAGGUGAUUGAUCAUGGCCGGGUUGCUUCCACAAUGGAAGCUUACCAGGUCCACGUGGGACCCAUGAGGAGCAUGAGUGUGGGCUGGCUAAAGCUGAAGAGUACAGACCCAAAUGACCAUCCUAUCAUUGAGCCUAACUACAUGUCAACAGAAAGAGAUAUUUGGGAAUUCCGCCAGUGUGUCAAGUUGACCAGAGAGAUCUUUGCUCAGAAAGCUUUUGAAAAAUUUCGCGGGCCUGAAAUUCAACCAGGAAACCAUGUUCAGUCUGACAAAGAAAUAGAUGCUUUCAUAAGGCAGAAGGCUGAUAGUGCUUAUCAUCCUUCCUGCACCUGUAAAAUGGGUCAGCCUUCAGAUAGCACUGCUGUAGUUGAUCCCCAAACAAAAGUAAUUGGAGUUGAAAACUUGAGAGUAGUAGAUGCUUCAAUAAUGCCCAGUGUUGUCAGUGGAAAUUUGAAUGCCCCAACUAUUAUGAUAGCAGAGAAAGCUGCAGAUAUAAUUAAGGGCCUCCCAUCGCUUCAGGAGAAAAAUGUUCCUGUAUAUAAGCCCAAGACCUUGGAAACACAGAGAUAAACAAAUGUUCUCAUCCUUUCACAUCUUUUGCUACGUAGGCUUUCAUCAGCAUGUUGGUAUCUCACACUGAACAUGCCAACAAAAUAAA